AUGAGGAAGAUAUUGGAAAACAGUAUUGCAUGGUGUUUGAUUUCGAUGGCAAGAACAUCUGACAAAGAUGCAUACAGGAGGGCAGUGGAUAAAGCCACCAAGGAUCCCCACCGACCACCCAAAGAAAAGCAUGUACUCACUCUCUUCUCUGCAAAAUCUGCACAACAAUGCAAAUCAGUGCGAGAAAUCCUUGAAAGGCGCCUUGCUCUUGCCCACUCAUGGCAGAUUGCCCUCAAUACUCUUUCCCUAAUUCACCGAAUAAUCACAGCAGCCCACCCAGAUUUCACCAUUGACUUAAACAUACUCCUCAAUUCAUCAGAUUUUCAAAAUAUAACCACAUUUACUGACAAAUCCAACAAACAUGCUGCUCAAUCAGUUCGAAACUAUGCCCUAUAUUUACAGGCUCGGCUGAAAUACCAUCUGGUUUCCAGAAGCACAGGCAGUCUGAAAUCUAAGGAUUUAUUGCAACAGGUGGGCGCCCUGCAAGCCCUACUCACUCUCCUCUUCGAUUGCAUUCCCCCAAAUGGUAAUCUUGUACAGAAUCCUCUUGUCCAGUACGCUGUGGAGCUCCUUUUACGGGAUUGUGGCACCAUCUAUUCUGAAAUUUCUGAUUACAUAUCUAAGAUUGUGGAAUUGUUCUUCGAGAUGCCCGGAGGGCAAAAUGUGGUGGCUCUGGAUAUUUAUAAAAGCCACCUGCAACAGAUUUCUGUGCUCAGAGAAAUGCAGAGAUUUGUCUCUCCAUACACCAAUGUAGAGCUUCCUGUGCCCCCCAUGGCACUGGGAUCUUCGUCUAUGGUGGAGAUAAUGGAGGAGCAUAUCAACAGGAAGAAAGAGAUUGAGGCUAAUGCAACAGUAUGGCAAUCCAAGUCUGCUUCGUUCAGGCGCCCCAGACCACUGGAUAAUUGA